AUGGCAGAUUCCAUGGCAGGCGAGGGUGACCAAGCCAGCAGUGCUUUUGAAGAACACAAUAGAUGGCAAAUUCCCAUUAAACACAAUGUCUUUGAAAUUUUAAAAAGCAGUGAGGGUCAGCUGUGUGAAGUCCUCCAGAAAAAGUUUGGGUGUGUCUCUACCCUGAACUGUCUGAGUGUAGCAGGAAACAGCACUCCUCCUGCUCAGCAGGUCUUCAGAAGGAUGCUGACCCCUUGGAUAGAGUUAUCUGUCUGGAAGGAUGACCUCACCAGACAUGUUGUUGAUGCUGUGGUGAAUGCAGCCAAUGAAGAACUUUGGCAUGGAGGUGGCUUGGCUGGAAGCCUGGUGAAAGCUGGUGGCUUUGAAAUCCAAGAAGAAAGCAGAAGACUCAUUGCCACCUAUGGGACAGUUCCAACUGGUCAAAUAGCUAUCACAACAGCAGGGAGGCUUCCUUGCAACUGGAUUAUCCAUGCUGUCGGGCCUCGGUGGACAGGCAGCCAGACAUCUAUUGAACUUCUGAGAGCUGCCAUUAAGAACACCCUAGACUAUGUCUGCAUAUGAAAUACACACAUUAAGACGGUAGCAAUUCCAGCCCUGAGCUCUGGAAUUUUCCAAUUUCCUCUGGAUUUGUGUACACACACAAUUUUAGAAACUAUCUUGCUUUAUUUCCAAGAGAAGCAACCCAUCAAUUAUUUGAAAGAGAUUCAUCUGGUGAGCAAUGAGGACCGCCCUGUUGCAUCCUUUAAAGAUGCAGCGGAAAACAUCCUGGGGAAGAUGGAGCUGAGCCCCUGGGAGAGUCCAGGAACUACCCCUUCUUCCAAUGUGAUACUUCAAAUUGGCCAGGGCCAGACUCUCCAGAUUGUCCAAGGCUGUAUUGAACUGCAAACACUGCUGUUGCUGACAGUGAUGGUAAUAUCCUGGGGGCAAAUGGUGCCAGUGAUAUUCUGUACUAUUGAAAAACCCACCAGCCUUCUAUAUCUGUUUUUGAUAGUUCUUUCAGUCCCCCAGUGGACCAGAGGGGAGCAAAGAGGUGGACUUGAAGCCGGAUCCCCUGCCAUCAAUCUGAUGGGUGUAAACGUGGAAGAGAUGUGUGAGUCCAAAGAGUGGAUUGAAAGGUUGCUGACUUCUGAGGACCACCACAUCAUCGAGAAUAAUCACAUUCUCUACCUUGGCAAGAAUGAGCAUGACAAGCUGUCUCAGCUCCAGACAGCCUCAGGUGUCUCCAUUUCAGAGACUGUCAGUCCCCUGAAAGCAAUGCUAGAGAUUAGAGGUGCCCAGGCUGACCUCAUUGAAGCAGUAAUGAAUGUUGAAUGUAUGCUGUGUGAAGUUCAGGGAGAAGUGGCAAGAAAAAAGGAGAAAAGUCUUUUCGACUUGUUAGGACUGUGGACCGAUGAGCAAGGAAAACUGGAUGAAAUGGAAAAAUCUCACACAGAUCUUCGUUACCCAGUACCUUUAACUCAGGAACUUGAGGACCGAAAGAGACAGUUUGAGAAGUGUGGCUUGUGGGUUGUGAAGGUGGAGCAGAUACAGAAUAAUGCACUCAUGGCUGCCUUCCUAGAGAAGAAGAAAAUGAUGGAAGGGAGAACGUUGAGAAGACCUGGGAGCCAAAGGUUGUUUCAGCAGGUUCCAUAUCUGUUUUGCAAUGUGGUGUGCAAAGUCGGCUUUCACAGACUGUACUCAACACCUCAUGGUGUUCGAGCAGGGCCUGGAACCUCCCCUGUGUGUCUGGGCUGA